CGGCAGCGUCUGCUCGACCAAUAGUGCGUGAGGGAAUCCCAGCACCAAGUUUUGUAUUUUGAUGCACGAGUUGCUUUCUUUUACUUGGUCUGGAUAAGUUAUCAGAUAUGAUGGAUGCACUGUCGGUGGUCAGUCAGCUGCGGGACCUGGCUUCUGAGCCGCAGAACCGAGAGGUGAUAGUCCAGGAUCAGGGCUGUCUCCCCGGGCUGGUUCUCUUCUUAGACCACCAGAACCCAGAGGUGCUGCUUGCAACUCUUCAGACCUUGCGCUACUUGGCCGAGCUGUCUCGCAAUAUUGCCACCAUGAAGAAUGAACUGGGUAUGAUGGUGAGCUUGGAGAAUCUAACUGGGAGGGAUGGCCUUUCUGUUGACAUUACAGCCUUGGCCCAAGAAGUGUUUGACAUUCUGAGUGCUCCUCCCCGUCCUGUGCCACGCACACCCGAGAGGGAAAAGAAAAAGAAAUCCCAGUUCUUUAUCAACUCCUCGAACAAGAAAGCGAAGUCUGUCACUCUGCACAUCCAGGGGCUGGACAGCACUGACCACCGGGGCUUGUGUGAAGAGGCUCUCCUGAAGGUCAGAGGUGUGAUCAGUUUCACCUUUCAGAUGGCCUCCAAGAGAUGCACCAUCCGCAUCCGUUCAGACCUGUCAACUGAGAGUCUGGCAUCAGCCAUUGCUGCCACUGAGGUGUUGUCAGCUCAACAGGUGGUGAAGAAUGAAGCAGGAGAUGAGGUUUUAAUCCCUCUGAACUCAUCUGGAGUCAAGGUGCAGCAGAACUCUGCUCUCCCAGACUACCUCCCAGAGGAGGAGGACAGUCCAGAGAAGGAAGUCAACCGAGCAAUUUCCCGCACCACAGCUAAGGAAGAUUCUAGUGGAAGCUGGCUCAAUGCUGCCGCCGGUUUCCUCACCAAAACUUUCUACUGGUGAAACUUGAACAGUCCUAUUCCGUAAAAAAAAAAAAUGUCGGGUCAAAAGACUAUGUGGCUGUUUGUUGCUGAAGGGGUAAACACUGGAAGUUGAGUACUGUGGGACAACAUCCUGGCUUUGUACAUGAUGUGAGCGUGAUCAACUUGCCACAAGUUGUUGUGACAAAAAACAAAACAAUCUCAACAUGUACCUCUCUCCUGCUCAGUGAAAAACACUUACAUGUAGCUGUUCAAAUCCAUUAUUCUUAUCAAAUGUAAAUAUUUUCUGUCUGACUUUCCAAACUAGCAAAAUCCUCUCUGUAAAAAAAAAAGUUUUAAAUAAGUUGCUACUUCUGUAGAUGGUUGAAAUUGUGUGUUUUGAGGAGUUGUUGGUUUAUUCUAAAUAAAUCUACAAAAUAA